CUAUAGUUGCUGUAGUCCAGAGGCCUGCCAGUUCCUGCUUUAACGCAUAUGUAGUCGUAAUUGAGUUCUAACACGGCCUUGGAUGUUUCUGUCCUAAAUAGCUGACAUUGCAUCUUCAAGACUGUAAUGCCAGUUGGCUUUUGAGUGGAUAAUUGUUGCAGUGUGAACACUGACGUUGGAAACAAUUAUUGCCCAUUCGAAUUAAGACACCACCAUGAAAAGAAAUUCUUGUGAUUUGCUUUCUCGGAGCAAAAGUGCCUCUGAGGAAACACUGCAUUCCAGUAAUGAAGAGGAAGACCCUGUCCGAGCCAUGGGACCCUAUCUGGUGCGGAGGCUUUCGUGCCGCAAUGUUCAGCUUCCCCCUCUGGCCUUCCGACAGUUGGAACAAGCUGACUUGAAAAGUGAAUCAGAGAACAUUCAAAGACCGACCAGCCUCCCCCUGAAGAUUUUGCCACUGAUCGCUAUCACUUCUGCAGACUCUAGUGGGUGAGUGCCCUUGGGCGACAUUUCUCCAUUUUACAUUUUGGAUGGCGAUUACUUUCUGUGGUGUUUUGAGAUUUUGUGGCUCAUUGCUUGGGUUGAGUGGGAGGAAAAUGGGGUUUCUAGAGCCAAAAGAAAGAAGAGUGACUUUUCUCAGGUAACAUCACUAUCUCUGGAGGAGGAGACAUUUUAGUCAAAAUGUUUACAAGAAGUUGAAAGGUAUUAGUGAAUGAUAAUAAACAUCUGGGCAAGGGGACUUGGACUUGUCAAAUUAAUAUUGGUCAUAUGUGAUUUAAUAGAAAAUCUUAACAAAUGAGAACUAAUGGACAA